ACAUGCUUGACGGCAAAAAAAGUUUCAGAAUUUUAAUCAGGCAUUCGCGGGGCACAGGGGGUCCUUACAGUUGCUGAAAUCUACGCAAUCACCUAAAGCAAAGCAAGUAAUGGCGAUGGCACAUAUGGGUGAACAUGAUUGAAUUUAAAUAAUGGCAGGCCUUCCCUGGUAUUUGAAUACCAAGUCUAAUCCCUUGCAGAUAAACAAGGGAUUUGUGAUUGUGUAGUGUCACACCAGCCAUCCUAUCCUCUAUUUGAGCUCAUCCCGGCCACCCCACACACACAGAGACGAUGUACUGCCUCCAGUGGCUGCUCCCGGUCCUCUUGAUCCCCAAACCCUUAAAUCCAGCCCUGUGGUUUAACCACUCAAUGUUUAUGGGCUUCUACCUGCUUAGCUUCCUGUUGGAGAGGAAGCCAUGUACCAUUUGUGCCUUAGUGUUCCUGGCGGCGUUGUUUCUCAUCUGCUACAGCUGCUGGGGAAACUGCUUUCUGUAUCACUGCCACGAUUCUCAACUGCCCGACUCCGCACACGACCCGAAUAUUGUGGGCACUUAGACUGGAUCUUCAGAAUCCCCAAUGACAUUCUUACACAGACCCUGGGCGAUCUCAAUCUGGACUGUGAAUGGGAAAACCCAUCAGGAAUGCUGGGAAAUUUCAGUUCUUUGUAUCCGUGCUGACAACCGCUUCACAGUCCUGCUGUAACCCAUAACAAACUGCCCUCAUUCCCUGACUUGAAUCUAAUGCCAGGGGCACAGUGGUAUCUCAUCUUUGGUUAAUCUGAUGUUUGCAUGGGUUGCCUUUAGGGUUUCAUACUUAUUAUCUACAAUUGUUUUCAUUUCUUGAUGCUGUUUUUCCCAAAGGGUAGGAGGUAAUGUGUGCGUGUGUAUAAAUUUGUAUAUUACAAUUUUGGGUUUCUGUUCAUGUGUCAAUAAUCAGUAUGAAUUCAAGUGUUAAGAGGAUAGACGUGAGCUGAAAGUUCUCAGAGGUAAAUAUUAAUUGAGCUAAUGCCGCACGGGGCUUGCAUCUAUAUUGCACCGUUAGCU